UGAGCUGCCGUUUCCCGCUGUUGCCAUGGAUACGCACAGUCAACAACCCUCCUUCCUCCCUAAACCAAUACAGAGUUCUCGGUAAGCGGCGUCAAAACCAACCACGAAGCUGUUCAAAAAUGAUGGAAAUGACGGCUAAGAGCAAAAAGCUGCUACAUGCCCAGGUUGAAGCACUCUUGAGAAAAGUGGAACAUUUCAAUAAAACAGAGAUCGAGAAUCUGAUCCUGAUGUUUAACACCCUUAUGGCGGAGCAGGUCAGCCGAGGGCGACCAGCAAAUGGCCUGAAAAGAGGGAAGUUUAGAGGCGUACUGCAGGGCACUUUUGAGAUGACCAAUGCCGUGAUGAUGGACGGAGUUUUCAGAAGUUUUGACACAGAUGGUGACGGUGUCAUUAUUCUGGAAGAGUGGAUCAGAGGACUUUCUGUUUUUCUUCGUGGGACUCUUGAAGAAAAAAUAAAGCACUCCUUUCGAGUGUAUGACUUAAAUAAUGACAAGUACAUCUCCAAAGAUGAGAUUUUUCACAUGCUGAAGCACAGCUUCAUCAAGUGGCCUAGUGAGGAGGAUCCAGACGAAGGAAUUAAAGAUGUGGUUGAGAUCACAAUGAAGAAGAUGGACCUGGAUCACGAUGGCCUGCUGUCUUAUGAGGACUUUCAAAAAUCAGUGCUAGAUGAGAACCUUUUCCUUCAGGCAUUUGGACCCUGCCUCCCUGAGGACGCGACUAUUGAGAAGUUUGAGGAGGUUGUGUUUAAGGAACCAGAGCAAUGAAACAUUUCAUAUCAGUGCAAACUUUCAACUGUGUCUUUAAUAAAAAUCUUAGUAUCUGCUUGCAAUACAUAAAUAAAUGCAAUCUGAAAAGAGAGACAUCCAACUUCCAAAGCAGUGGUAGACAUCGGUCCGGUUUAUAUCCGACGACGUGGUUUUGCUUUUUUCUCAACUCUUUUAAGGUCUGGAACUGAUCCCACCUAAGAAUUAGACAGACAUACAGUACAUAGUGACACUAUAUUUGUUGUUAUGCAAAAUAAAAAUAAUCACUGAAUAA